AUGUCAGGCCCCAAUAAUGAGGAAGCUGCUCAAGGCAAAAUGGAGGUAUCAGUACAACCCCUUUCUACUGGCACUUCCAAUGCAGCCACCACGGGUGCUCCGCGUCGCCCAAUUCGCCGCGGUCCCAGUGCUGGUGGCGGCGGUGGAGCAGCUCCCGAACGAGGAGUCACUCGAAACCGCAGCGGGCCCAUGCAAUCUCGAAGUUUGCCCAUUCGAGGCGUCAACCGCAAUCGCAGUGGCCCCAUGAGAGGCGUCACACGAAACAAGAGUGGUCCAAGGCGGGGAGUUAGCCGCACCACCAGUAGUUCCAAUAGCAAGAACCGAGCGCUACCCCUGAAAACAAACUCCUUUCACCGCUCGGUUCCAGAUCGAGCAAGAAGCGGGGAGCUUCGGAAAUUCAGAAGACAACAGAAUGCCAUUCCAGAGUCUCAAGAUACUUCGGUCUCGUCUGGUCAAACCAACGAUUCCAUUCAGGUACGAAAGAAUCAAAUAUCCGGAAUCCCCGCGGAACUCCGGCAGAGGAACUUGCAACGAGCGAAUGCUGCCGAUGAUUAUUCCGUCGCAACCUCUGAUUUGGACGGGGCUUCCAUUCACACGAUGGAUUCCAUGAUGUUUCAUCAUAAACACGUCGAGGAAGGAGGCUUUGAGGAUGAUGGGACUGCCUUUGAAGAAUCCUUUAUAUCCACUGCGACUUAUAUGGACGACUUUGGUGACGAUGACUUUGAGUCGGAUAUGCAAGAUGGCGAGGAUCAACCAAAAAUAGAUAUCGAAAUGCAAGACUUGAAGAUUGAAGGGGGAAAGAAGAACGACCAUAUGGAUGCUGACGAUGAUGAUGAUGAUGAUGAUGAUGAAUUUGAGGAGGAAGAACUGAAAUAA